AGGACCAAAGCCCAGGACAAGGUUCUCUCCACCCCGGACCCGCUGUUCCCGGGCUAUGGCCCCCAGUGCCGUGUAGACCUGGCGGGAUCCCCGUGCUUGCGACCCCUGUUUGGGGGCCUGGGUGGCUACUGGAGGGCCUUGCAGAGGGGCAGAGAAGUUAGGACCAUGGCAUCUAGGGCCUCCGAACCUCCCCCAGGGCGCAGCGUGACGGCGGGCAUCAUCAUUGUUGGAGAUGAGAUCCUCAAGGGACACACUCAGGACACCAACACCUACUUUCUGUGCCGGACACUGCGCUCCCUGGGGGUCCAGGUGUGCCGAGUCUCUGUUGUACCCGAUGAGGUAGCCACCAUUGCUGCUGAGAUCACCUCGUUCUCCAGCCGCUUCACCCAUGUCCUCACGGCAGGGGGCAUCGGCCCCACUCAUGAUGAUGUGACCUUUGAGGCAGUAGCACAGGCCUUUGGGGAUGAGCUCAAGCCACACCCUGAGCUGGAAGCAGCCAUCAAAGCCCUAGGAGGGGAGGGCUGGGAGAAGCUGUCAGUAGUGCCCUCCUCUGCCCGCCUGCAUUACGGCACCGAUCCUUGCACUGGCUGCCCCUUCCAAUUCCCACUGGUCUCCGUCCGAAACGUCUACCUCUUCCCAGGCAUUCCAGAGCUGCUGCGGCGGGUGCUGGAGGGGCUGAAGGGACUGUUCCAAAACACAGCUGUUCAGUUCCACUUGCGGGAGCUGUAUGUGGCAGCUAACGAGGCCUCUAUUGCCCCCAUCCUGGCUGAGGCCCAGGCGCACUUUGGGCGCAGGCUUGGCCUGGGUUCCUACCCUGACUGGGGCAGCAACUACUAUCAGGUGAAGGUGACGCUGGACUCAGAGGAAGAAGGGCCCCUAGAGGAAUGCCUGGCCUACCUGACUGCCCGUCUGCCCCAGGGAUCGCUGGUCCCCUACAUACCCAACGCCGUGGAGCAGGCCAGUGAGGCCGUAUACAAACUCACCAAGUCAGGGUCUUCUCUGGGGAGAAAGGUGGCAGGUGCCCUGCAGACCAUCGAGACUGCCCUGGCUCGGUACAGCCUCCCCCAGCUCUGUGUGGGCUUCAAUGGGGGCAAGGACUGCACCGCCCUCCUACACCUCUUCCAUGCAGCUGUGCAGAGGAAAUGCCCUGAUGCUCAAGAACCCCUCCAGAUCCUGUAUAUCCGCAGCAUCUCCCCUUUCCCUGAGCUGGAGCAGUUUCUACAGGACACCAUCAAGAGGUACAGUCUGCGGGUGCUAGAGGCUGAAGGUGACAUGAAGCAGGCCCUUAGUGAUGUGCAGACACGGCACCCCCAGGUGGAGGCCGUCCUGAUGGGCACCCGCCGCACCGACCCCUACUCCUGCAGCCUCCACCCCUUCAGCCCCACUGACCCAGGCUGGCCUUCCUUCAUGCGCAUCAACCCACUGCUGGACUGGACCUACAGAGACAUCUGGGACUUUCUGCGUCAACUGUUUGUCCCAUACUGUAUCCUGUACGACCGAGGCUACACAUCACUGGGGAGCCGGGAGAACACAGUGCCGAACCCGGCCCUGAAGUGCCUGAGCCCAGGAGGACAGCCCACCUACCGUCCAGCCUACCUACUUGAGAACGAAGACGAGGAACGGAUGUCCCGCACAUGACCCCUACUCCUGCCUGCUCCCAGAGGGAGGGAAGGAGGCUGUCCUAGGAUGUAACCUGUCAAUAAACUGUGCCUCUCGUGUG